AUGAGUAAAUUGUAUGCAACGUCAGCUGACUUAGAAAUCGAACUUGACAACGCAGAUGAUAGGCAGCCAACUGAAAUAAAAACCGAAGAAGGCAAGCUUGAGAAAUUAGCUCUCUUUUAUGAUGGUGAAAAUAUUAAGGGCAAGAAUCCUGGAAAAAAGCUAGAACACCAGGGUAUUAAAAUUGAAUUUGUUGGUCAAAUUGAACUGUAUUAUGAUCGUGGCAAUCACCAUGAAUUCAUCUCACUGGUAAAAGAAUUAGCUCAUCCCGGCGAAUUAACUCAAAAUGCUGCCAUCGAUUUCGAAUUUGUUAAUGUUGAAAAACCUUUUGAGACCUAUAGUGGCAACAAUGUUAGGCUUAGGUAUUUCCUGCGUGCAUCCAUCUGUCGUCGUAUUUCUGAUAUCGUAAAAGAGCUGGAUAUUGGCGUCCAUACCCUUUCCCAAUAUCCUGAUAUUAAUAACAGUAUCAAAAUGGAAGUCGGAAUUGAAGAUUGUCUGCAUAUAGAAUUUGAAUAUAAUAAAUCUAAAUACUCCUUGAAUGACGUAAUCGUUGGUAAAAUAUAUUUUUUACUGGUCCGAAUCAAGAUUAAGUACAUGGAAUUGGCCAUUAUCAAGCGAGAACAGACAGGAACAGGUGCAAAUGUCUACCAUGAGAACGAAACCGUUGCAAAGUUUGAGAUUAUGGAUGGCGCACCAGUUAGAGGGGAAUCCAUUCCAAUCCGUUUGUUCCUAGCUAACUACGAUUUAACGCCUACUUUAAAAGACGUAAACAAAAAAUUCUCUGUCCGCUAUUUUCUCAAUCUUGUUCUAAUCGAUGAAGAAGAUAGGAGAUAUUUUAAGCAACAGGAAAUUAUCUUAUGGCGAAAAGCUAAAGGAGCGAAAGAUAUUUCAGCAUCUUUGAAGAAAGUUUAGGUUACACCUUAGUCUCUAUUGUAAAAUCUUAAUAGUUUUUAAUUGUCUACAGUACUGUACAACUGCAUCGUUCAUUCUUGAUUAGCUAGUUGUAAAUUUUCAUGGAAUUGUGAAAUAUUGCUAUAAAUCAAUAACGGCAACUUUCGCCAUCAUAACGAUUACUACUUCUAUUAUACUGCAUCAUUAAGUAGAGAUAAAAAUAUAGAGUUUAUGCAAUUAUUUCAAAGAUGUGGCUUAUCCUUCAAUUUUCUUGGCAUAAUUUAACUAUUUUAGUUAUGUUGCAAUUUUCAUAUCGUAUAAGAUCGGAUCUAUAGUCAAGACAAAGUAUACAUACUAUCAUUGCCUUGCUUGAAAAAGCUCGAGUCUGUCACAAUGAUUGGAUAAAGUAACAGUCUAACUACGGUCCGAUUGUGUGUGCAUAAUUAUUAAACCGUUUGCAAGUC